AUGGGGGCGGCCGCGAGGCGGGCCGGCCCGCGGGCGCUGCUGCUGCCGCUGGCGCUGGCCGUGGCGUGCGCGGCGCGCAGCGCCGACGGGCCCAGCAACAUGUCCUACGUGAAGGAGACUGUGGACGGGCUGCUCCAAGGCUACGACAUCCGCCUCCGCCCCGACUUCGGAGGUCCGCCCGUGGAUGUGGGCAUGCGGAUAGAGAUCGCCAGCAUCGACGUGGUCUCGGAGGUCAACAUGGACUACACCCUGACCAUGUACUUUCAGCAGUCCUGGAGGGAUAAAAGGCUCUCUUAUUCUGGAAUACCUUUGAACUUAACUCUGGACAACAGAGUGGCUGACCAGUUCUGGGUGCCGGACACGUAUUUCCAAAAUGACAAGAAAUCCUUUGUCCACGGGGUGACGGUGAAAAACCGGAUGAUUCGCCUCCAUCCAGACGGGACAGUCCUGUAUGGCCUACGGAUCACAACAACAGCUGCUUGCAUGAUGGAUCUACGCAGAUAUCCUCUGGACGAACAAAACUGCACUCUGGAAAUUGAAAGUUAUGGAUACACUACUGAUGAUAUUGAAUUUUACUGGAACGGAGGAGAGUCAGCAGUAACAGGAGUUAAUAACAUCGAGCUCCCGCAGUUUUCUGUCGUGGACUACAAAAUGAUAUCAAAGAGAGUGGAAUUUACAACAGGAGCAUAUCCUCGAUUAUCACUUAGCUUCCGGCUUAAAAGAAAUAUUGGAUACUUCAUUUUGCAAACCUAUAUGCCUUCCACACUGAUCACAAUUCUGUCUUGGGUGUCCUUUUGGAUCAAUUACGAUGCCUCUGCAGCCAGAGUUGCUCUAGGAAUCACGACUGUGCUGACCAUGACCACCAUCAGCACCCACCUCAGGGAGACCUUGCCAAAGAUUCCCUAUGUCAAGGCAAUAGAUAUUUACCUGAUGGGAUGCUUUGUGUUUGUGUUCCUGGCCUUGCUGGAAUAUGCCUUUGUAAAUUACAUAUUCUUUGGGAAAGGACCUCAACGUCAAAAAAAGACAGCAGGCAGGGCAGGACAUGCUACAGGUGAGAAGAGCAGACUGGAAACAAAUAGAGUCCAGGUUGAUGAUGGCUGUGGAAACACGAUUCUCAGAGCGCUGGAGACGCGACGCGACGCGCGCAGCUCAGAUGUGCUCACCGGCCUCCCAGAGCCACGAGCCACCACGGACACGAGCAGCAGUGCCAGCCUGGAGCACACAAGAGCCCCUCCCAGCAGAGACCCCUACAACAGGAGUGCUCUGGACAGGCACAGGCUCCACCAAAAAGGACACUUACGCAGGAGGGCAUCCCAGAUCAAAGUCAAAAUCCCUGAUUUGACUGAUGUUAACCUGAUAGACAAGUGGUCCAGAAUGGUCUUUCCCAUCAUGUUUAUUCUUUUCAAUAUUGUUUACUGGCUGUAUUAUGUCCACUAAAUUAUGCAAUAAUGUUACCACAGAGUAACAUAAUUAGAUUUGUUUCAUUUCCUUCUCUGUUUCAUUAACUCUGAAGAACUGCAGUAGCUAUAAUGUUCCAUGUUCAAUGCAAGAUAUUCUGCCAUGGAACACUUCUAGAUUUAAGCUUUAAAAAAAACCAAACAACUCAACACAAAUCCAGGGUCACAACAUUUAUAUCAGAAUAUACAGAUCAGCCCUUAAGAAGCAUGUUGAGAAAAAUCACUCUACCUUGAUUUUUACAAAGUUUAUGCAUCACCCAUGACCUUUCUGUGCCAAAUUUAAUUUUUUCUUAAGUGGAAAUUUGUCCCACUGUAUUUCUUAUCACAUAUUGGCAGCUCAGAGCAGCAUGCUUCCAAACAACACAGUCAAACUGCUAGUAGUAUCUAUGUCACUGUCUUUCACCAUUUAGUCUGUAGAGAAAUUUGAAGAAAUUAUAGUUUAAAGGAUUAUAACUAUUGCACCAUGCUUCACUUCAAACUUAAUAGUUAUAAUGGGAAGUAUUUCCAUAGUGUGUUUGAGAUGUAUCACUCAAGGAGAAGUCAAAUAACAUAUGCAGAGGCAGAGAUCUUCAAAAGAAAGAAAGGGUAGCAGAGAGAAAUCCCACUGAGUUUCCAAGCGAGGAAUCAGCUGAUUUGAUCUCAAUGGAAUUCUGUUAUUUCCACAAAGUAGCAAAGUUGAUAUUUACGAGAACAAUUGUGCCAUAUGCAAUUUUGUAUUAAAAAGUAGAAAACAAACACAUGGUGAUUCCUUGAAGCAAAUCAGGGAUACACCAGGCCAAGAUUUUUCUUAACGCCCAGGUUAACUGUGGCUGGUAAUUGCAACAUUCUCCCAAAAGUUGGUAGAUGUCUGCAAACAGACCUGAGGAAAUUUCUGCACACAGUUUCCUUCAGAUUUCUUUAUUCCUCUGAGAACCAGGAGAUAUAGCUGAGUCUUACAGCUCACUGACAGUGCUGGGGGCACUUCUGCUGAGGAGCUGCCUGUUCUUACCUGGCUGCCCAUUGCCUGACACAGCUCCAGCCAAGGAGCCACAGGCCAAGGGCUACAACGUCCAUGCAGCUGAGAAACAAUGGGUCAACCAUCCUCUACCUAUACAAAUCCAUUUUCCUUCCCUAUUGCCAGCUGUUAACUAACAGCACAGACACUACAUUGCCUAACAUAGCACUUCAUUGAAACUAUUAUCACUUAAGGUUUUUUCAUAUUGGAGGUGUUUCAUACUUGUAGGAGAAUCAAGAUACACAAACCAACAGUGUCUAUGUGGGUACUGAGGUGGUAUUAUCAAUGGAAGCUGGUACAGAAAGGAACAUUGGUCAGGAUACAAACAAAACACUGAUGUGGAAAACUUCAGUAGUUCCUCAUUGCUCAGCAGUAAGGUCAGCUGAUGGCCUUAUUGCCAAUUGACAUUGCAAUCUCUUUAAUCAGAGCAUCAUAAUAAAUUAAACCCUCCUACAUGUUAUGUGCGAGAUCUGAAUCUUCUCCCAGACCAGGGCCUCCUGCUCCUUCCCUUUGAGCAGCAGGUUUCUGCAGAAUGCAGUAGAAUCAUAGUAUCACCAAACAAGAAAGGGAAUAGGUUUUAUUUACUCACUACAAAAAUUAUAAGGCUGCAAACCAGGCAUUUGACAUUGCUAACCGAAGGGAAUCUUUGAAACUAUCCAUUUUUCUGUGGGCUCCAAAGUCCCAGUCUCAUCCCAAGUUCAGUGGAGCACAAUGGUGGUCUCCUCAGAUUCUGCUGCUACAACCUUUAACCUCCAGUCUACUAAAAAGCUGCCACUAAGUACAACUUGAGGUGAUUAAGGACAAAUAUUAAUUCAGACAAAUGGCUCUUCUGAAUAGGCUGUGCCUGCCUAUCCCCCCCCGAAACAACUCCAAAUAAUUUUCAAACAAGAAUCACACAUGGGACAGAUUGAUUAAGUUUUUAAUUACACUUAAGCAAUGUUUAUAUCAAGAAUUUUUCAGUGAAAACUAACAAUAUUAUUUUGGUGUUGUAAAAUAAAGAAUACAGAGAACAU